CGGUAACACCCUUCUAGAGAACCACAUCCACCGCGCACCAUGGCACGAGCUGCUGAUACCUCAUCACCUCCCUCGGGCGACGCCGCAUCAAAUUCACCGCAAGAGCCAACAUCGAAACGCGACUCCGAGUACUGGCUCGAGGACGGUAACAUCGUCCUCACCGCAGGCCAGACUGCGUUCCGCUUGUACAAAGGCCUUCUAUCCCGGCAGUCUGGCGUCUUCCGCGAUAUGUUUGCCGCCGCGGAUCCUGACGUUGACGCGACGGUUGAAGGUUGUCCCGCGCUCCAUUUGUCGGACUCUCCCGAAGACUUGCGGGCUUUGCUACAGACUCUCGUACCCACGGAACGCAGGCAUGUCUACUUACCCGAUCAACAAGUACACAUUCAGUGAGCUCGAAGCCAUGGCACGACUCUUGAAGACGUGCUCGAGCAGGCGAUUCGCCUCCUGAAAGCCUACUACACCGACAAGUUCGUCCAAUGGAAGAACCAUUGCGUUCCGAGAGUACUUCCUUUCUCCCUCCACGACGCCAACCCCAUCGGGAUUAUCCUCUUGGCCAAAGUCGUCGAGGAGCCUUCCAUGCUCCCGGUCGCGUUUUACUUGUGUGCCACCCUCAGGCCUAAGAGUCUCGACGGGUGGAAGCGACAUGAUGGUAAGACAGCGUAUCUGUCGCGGGAGGACGCCGAGGCCGCCGUGGCCGGGUAUGGUGCGCUUUCCAGGGAUUAUGGGUCUAUGUUUGACCGCAUAUUCGCCGUCCUGGUUGCGUGGGCGUGUAAAUUGCGGGGGCCGGGAGGCUGCAAAGAAGGAAUGGAACGUCUGCGUGAUCGCCUGAAGGAAUCGUUGGCUAGCCGCUCUCCCGUUAUGCUUGACUCGUGUGACAUAUACUUGGCAUCUGCUGCACUUCCAGUGUCCCCGACCCUUCCUCCUGUCCUGUGCGGUGCAUGUAAAGACGAGCUGAUUCGGAGGGACAAGGUAGAGCGUCGCAAGGUUUGGUGUGCGCUUCCCGCAAUGUUUUGUCUGUACAAGGAUGGGAAUCAGUGUAACGUUCUUUGACGGAAAUACAUCUACGACCUUCGC